GGUGUCGCUUUCGUUUGAGGCUGAUAUCUUUGCCCCGCACAUUGCAUUUUGGAUUGCCAUUCCCCCGCGAUGUUUCGCUCAGCCUUGAAGCUCCAUGCAACUUCCACAGCGGCCUUGACCCGCUCGAUGAGUACCGCGGGACAGAAGAUUGGUUUCAUCGGUCUUGGCCAAAUGGGUGGCAACAUGGCCAUCAACCUCGCCAAGGCUGGCAACCACGUGGUCGUGUUCGAUGUCGUGCAAGCUAACAUCGAUGCUGUGAAGCCCCACGGCAAAGUGGAAGUCAUGUCUUCCCCGCGCGAUGUUGCCGCCAAUGCCACGACAGUCGUGACCAUGUUGCCAUCGACACCGCAUGUGGAACAAGUGUACCUCGGCAAGGAUGGGCUCGUCCAUGCGCUGACCAAGUCGCACUUCUUGAUCGACUCGAGCACGAUCGACCCUGGUUUCACCAAGUCCCUUGCUGGACGUUUGGCGGAAGAAAAGGGCGCCACCUUCGUAGACGCUCCAGUGUCUGGGGGGGUGAACGGUGCCAAGAACGCCACCUUGACCUUCAUGGUCGGUGGAUCGGAUGACGCUUUCGCCAAGGCCAACCCGGUGUUGAAGCAAAUGGGCAAGAACAUCGUGCACUGCGGUGAUGUGUCCACCGGCCAAGCUGCUAAGAUCUGCAACAACUUGGCGCUUGCCAUCGAAAUGGUUGGUGUUGCGGAAGCCAUGACGUUGGGUGACAAGCUCGGCAUCAACCCCAAGGUCUUGGCCGGGAUCCUGAACACAUCGAGCGCUCAGUGCUGGUCGUCGACGUUGUACAACCCGUACCCAGGCAUCUUAGAGAACGUGCCGGCCAGCAACGGGUACAAGGGAGGGUUUGCGUCCGUGUUGAUGCGUAAGGACUUGGGUUUGGCGCUAGACGCCGCCAAGUCGGCGGAAGCGUCGGUUCCCCUGACAUCGGCGGUCCACCAGCUGUACAACAUGAUCGUGAACCAAGGCGAUGGCCAGAAGGACUUCAGCUACAUUUUGAAGUUCUUGGAAGGCAAAAAGGAAUAGAGAGAUGCUCGUAUUUCCAAGCAGUUUUCAGUGACUCGGCGACACUUGCAAUUCGUAUGGUUGACCUGAGGUCACUAUUGCCCUG